GGAAUUGAAGGCCAAAGAGGAAGAGGAGGGCUCACUUGGCUGCUGGCUGCUGGGCCACAGCGCAGGCUCAGCUGCUUUAGUCAGUGGGACUGCAAAGGGUCACUCUAAAAAUUGCUGCUGGACUUGUCAGGUGGCUGCUGGUGGCUCCCCACCGGCUUUUCCUUCUCCCUUUCUCCCUCUCCACAGAUUGCUUCCCAAGAGGAGUCUGCUGCUGACACUUCAUCACCACAAGUCGGGGACGCCACUCAACACAGGAGGCAAGCUCUUGCCUGUGACCGUGUUUGCCAACAUGGCCCCCAAAAAGAAGACUGUCAGAAAGAACAAAGGAGAGAUCAAUGAGAUGACCAUAAUUGUAGAAGAUAGCCCCCUAAACAAACUAAAUGCUUUGAAUGGGAUCCUAGAGGGAGGCAAUGGCCUUAGCUGCGUUUCUUCUGAAUUAACAGAUGCCUCUUAUGGCCUCAACCUCUUGGAAGGUUUAAGUAAAAUGCGGCAAGAAAGCUUCCUUUGCGACUUAGUCAUUGGUACCAAAACCAAAUCCUUUGAUGUUCACAAGUCAGUAAUGGCUUCAUGCAGUGAGUACUUCUACAACAUCUUAAAAAAAGACCCAUCUACUCAAAGGGUGGAUCUCAAUGAUAUCUCACCGCUGGGCCUGGCCACUGCCAUUGCAUAUGCCUACACUGGAAAGCUGACUCUCUCCUUGUAUACAAUAGGAAGUAUUAUUUCUGCUGCUGUUUAUCUUCAGAUCCAUACACUUGUAAAGAUGUGCAGUGAUUUUUUGAUACGAGAGAUGAAUGUUGAGAAUUGCAUGUACAUUGCUAACAUUGCCGAAACGUACUCUCUGAAAAAUGCAAAAGCAGCGACCCAAAGAUUUAUCCGGGAUAACUUCCUUGAAUUUGCAGAGUCAGAUCAAUUUAUGAAACUUACAUUUGAGCAAAUUAAUGAACUUCUUAUAGAUGAUGACUUACAGUUGCCUUCUGAAAUAGUAGCAUUCCAGAUUGCUAUGAAAUGGUUAGAAUUUGACCAAAAGAGAAUGAAAUAUGCUGCAGAUCUUUUGAGCAAUAUUCGCUUUGGUACUAUCUCUGCACAAGACCUGGUCAAUUAUGUUCAGUCUGUACCAAGAAUGAUGCAAGAUGCUGAUUGUCACAAACUUCUUGUGGAUGCUAUGAACUACCACUUACUUCCGUAUCAUCAAAACACACUGCAGUCUAGACGCACUAAAAUCCGCGGGGGCAGUCGAGUCCUUGUCACUGUUGGGGGACGACCAGGCCUUACUGAGAAGUCCCUUAGUAGAGACAUCUUGUAUAGAGAUCCUGAAAACGGAUGGAGCAAGCUUACAGAAAUGCCAGCCAAGAGUUUUAAUCAGUGUGUAGCUGUGAUGGAUGGAUUUCUUUAUGUGGCUGGUGGUGAAGACCAGAAUGAUGCAAGAAAUCAAGCCAAGCAUGCAGUCAGCAAUUUCUGCAGGUACGAUCCCCGUUUCAACACCUGGAUACACCUGGCCAGCAUGAACCAGAAGCGCACACACUUCAGCUUGAGUGUGUUCAACGGUCUCCUUUAUGCCGUGGGCGGCCGCAAUACAGAAGGCAGCCUUGCCUCACUGGAGUGCUACGUGCCCUCCACCAAUCAGUGGCAGCCGAAGACACCCCUGGAGGUGGCGCGCUGCUGCCAUGCCAGCGCGGUCACCGAUGGCCAAGUGCUGGUGACCGGCGGCUACAUCAGUAACGGGUACUCACGCUCAGUGUGUGCGUACGACCCAGCCAGAGACUCCUGGCAGGAGCUGCCGGGGCUGAGCACGCCUCGAGGCUGGCACUGCGCGGUCACGCUGGGCGACAGGGUAUAUGUGAUGGGGGGCAGCCAGGUGGGGCCGCGCGGGGAGCGCAUAGACGUGCUGACCGUGGAGUGCUACAGCCCCGCCACCCGCCAGUGGAGCUACGCUGCGCCGCUGCUGGUGGGCGUGAGCACCGCGGGUGUCUCGGUGCUGCACGGCCGCGCCUACCUGGUGGGCGGCUGGAACGAGGGCGAGAAGAAGUACAAGAAGUGCAUCCAGUGCUUCAACCCGGAGCUCAACGAGUGGACCGAGGACGACGAGCUACCCGAGGCCACCGUGGGCGUGUCUUGCUGUACCCUCUCGAUGCCCAACAGCGUGACCCGGGAAUCCCGAGCCAGUUCGGUGUCCUCUGUGCCAGUCAGUAUCUGAACCCAGGGAUGAAAUGGAAGGAAACAUUUGGAAUUCUUGGAUUUGGCCAUAACAGGAUGAAUGGGUUCUCCUGCUGGCAAACACCACUGUCUCCCAUCUCAAGCCAUCCUCCUGAGUUCUGAGUUAUCAUCUAGUAGAUUCACUUCACUUGGAAAUAUUAAAAUAAUAUAUACCCAUUCUGGUACAUAUUUGUAACCUCAUCUAUUCCAAAUUAUCUUUGCAAAUUAAAGUGUAUCCACUUGAUACCAUUUUUUCUUAUAUGUUUGCCAAGUUUUGGAGCAAAGGAACAAUUGUAGUAAAUGAUACAUAUUUUCCUUUCUUAUAUUUUAUCACUUUAUUUUUGGACUGUUUAUUUGUUUUGGAGAGGAAGAGGCCUAUCAAUAAUGGGUUAUGUGGAAUUGGAUUUUGUAAAAUAAAACAAACUAUUUAAAUAGUUAAACAUGAGCUAUUUGGGAAAAAAACUGGGUUUUCCUUAAUCCCAUCUUCUCCCACCUUUUGUAGAUAGUUUGUUGCUAGAGUUACAAUAUUUAUAUUUAAACUAUUUUAUUCGAACUGUGAAAAGUGGUUCAUAUAGUACACUGUGUGGAACAAUUUUAUAUCAUUGCCCCUUAUGAUAAUUCAGUCUCUGUGUAUUUAAUGGUAACACUCAGGUAAAGGCUAAAACACUAAGUACAAGACAUUAUUAAUAAAAAAGAAAAACACUGGGCUGUUUCUUCACCCUACACAGAGCACGAGGAGCUUCCCCAAGUAUAGGGCAGAUCUAUAGGCACCUGCUCCCUUAACUUCUUGUCCACCCAGGCUAGAAAAUAACGCUGUGUGAGAAACUAGUUUAUGGAGCAAGCUAAAUCACUGAGCUCUUAAAUUACCAAUGUACAAAUAUAGGUAAUCUUUUAUCCUUGAAGCAUCAUUGGUAAAAUAAACUUCAUACUUAAUAAAUUAUUUUGGCUACAACUUACAAAGCUUAUGUGAGGAUGACUGUAACAUUUUUUAGUUUAAUAUAAAUAUAUAUUCUUAUACAAUUGAGAAGCCUAUAGUAUAUUGUUAAUUUUAAAAGAAAAAAAGGUGAUUUAUUACAGGUCAUAAGUGGCAAAUAGAUGUAAUUCUUUGAUGCACAAUAAUAGCUGUGUCUCCCAUUGAGAUCCUACAAGUAUUAUAAAGUGGAGAACUUAAGGUUUAGAAUUAAAUAAAAAUCAAUCAACUGUGUCAUUUUAUCGCAGAAGAAUGAAGAGAGAUGCUGAACCUAGAGGAUUUUUCAUCUGUUGGAUCUUGAUAAGAUAGCUUGUGUGAAAACUUGGCAGUGGCUUUCUGGAAAUGAAACUGGAGACAUGUUAGAGCUAGAAAAAUCAUUUCAAAUGACUGUUCAAUGUAUUUUCUAUGUUGUUUCUGAAUACUCAGAAAAUACACACCUGGGUUUCCCAGGUGCCUGGGUGUAUGUCAGGUCUAUCUUUUGCUCCAAAAAUUAUGUCAGUAAACAAAAGGCCAGCAUUUCUGACAUAUCAAAUUGGACUAAAAGGAGCAUGGGACAUAAGGGUUGAUGCAAGUUUUAUAUCCUGGACCCUCCUGCACUAACUAUUGAAGGAUGUGAAAGUGUACAGAUUCAAAAUACUGUGUGUCACCUUUCAUGUGUAAGUGAAAUAUACUCUUUCACCCAACUUCAAAAAGCAGUUGCUCCGAAAAUCUUGACAGUUCUUCCCUGUUGUCCAACUGGAGAUUACUUCAUUUUUAUUAUGUUUUACGUUUACAUUCAAUUAUACUCCCCAGUCUUAGGCUCUAACCCUGUACCUCCUUUCAUUUUUCUCAAAGAAAAAGAAUUCUUAUUUUGUCAUGCCAGCGCCCUGUGAUUAAAGAAAGUUAUUUACACCGAUAAGUUGAGUGUAUCAGAGAAAGAGCCUGCUACCCAGCUGCUGACAUAACGAAACUCACGCUCCCUUUUUUCUGUAUGGGCCAGAGACCUGACGUGAUCGUCUCCAGGAAGCCAGACCUUAAUGCAGUCUGUCCAUUUUUAGUUAGGCUCUUGGUGCCGAGCUCUCAUCCCUGAUGCCCUAGUUGCUUUCAGUGGCAUUGAGUGAGUUUUAGUUUUACCUCCUAUGUUGUAAGAAUGGUUAUGAAUAGAAAGUCAGCGAUGGUACAGAUCAAUAUAAUUUUAAACAGUGAUUUGAUGGUGGCGGAGUGCUAUGAGUGAGGAUGUGUAAUUGAGGUAAUAAGGUAAUGAGAUUGUAUGGAAUGGCUCCAUGAUUUAAGGCAGAGAAGCAACUAUAGUAAGUGUAUUUUAUAAACAUGCGUGAAAGUAGGGGUUUUCCUGGAAAUUUGUGCGAAAAGGUCAAUUUCUUGCUGGUUAUCCUGACCAAAUGUCUUCAGAAUUCAUCCAAGUCGCUAGACAAAAGAAAUUAAAAUCACUUCAUUUAAUUAAUUUUUACCCGAGUUUCAAAGAAAUGAAGUUCUCUGAUUUUCCCUGAAUUCUUCUCCAAAUAAAUGCUCUCUGAAUGAGUUAGCUCUCCAUCCCAGCCGUGGAUGACUGUGUUCUCUAGCACAACUCAGCACUAAGAGGAAUUAUUUUUCAGUAUCUCUUUUCAUGCCAAUAAAAACUAUAGCAUAGUUUUCAAAACACUCCUCCAUGAUAAUUAUGAGGACUCAAGAUUUUAAAUUUUAAAUAUGAAAAAUUUACCCUCCAGUACAUUCAGAGGGUAAAGGUCAUUUAAAUUUCCCUCUCAGGGAAUUUGAAAUAGAAUAUUUGUCUUAGACACUCCUAAAAAAAUGUAUUUAUUCAGCAAAUUUUGGGAAAAUUUUUUUUUGUUUGCUUAAAACAUUCUGGUACUAUCUAAGGAACAACAAAUUGAAAUGUAUGUAGUGUUUAUAACCUCAUCACUAUCAAUAAAGCUGCAUUCAAAAA